AUGUUCUCCUCCCUCGGCCUCUUCGACGCGCUCCCCUGCCCCGACGCCCCCGCCUGUCCCCGCCCCGCCUGCCUCUUCACCCACCGCCCCGGCGUGCUCGAACACCUCGUCCCCAUCCCCGUAGACGUCCCCACCGAUGUCCCCCCACAGCCAUCUCCGCCAUCCGCGUCUCCUGCUCCUCUCGUCCCAGCCAAACGCCCCGUCCCCCACCCCAGCCGCCCCCGCACCAUCCCAGAGGCAGGCCCCUCAGAGCCCCCCGCAAAGCUCCAGCGCAUCGGCCCCCCAAAGAGGCCCGUUGCAGCCCCGACGGCCACUCUCUCCACCAAUGGGACCCCCGUCCUCCGAGUUAGCGCAGCUCACUCCCAAGUCGCCAUCCCUGUCCGCCAGGCAAUGCUCAAAUCGCUUUACGACCAUUUUGUUGUCCUCUACGAAAAGAUCCUCCCUUCCAACCCCACCCUCGCCUCCGAGCAUGCCCUCCAGCAGGAAGAGGAGGUAUACAAAAAGUCCACAAAGCUCACUUAUCGUAAUGCUGUCAUCUCGUCGAUCGCGUCGCUUAAAAGGCGCCCGUUCCCAGACAGCCCGUCCCAUCCCUCUGUCGGGUCUGAGGGCGAGGUCGCAGCGCGUGCCGAAGCGCGCAAGAAGCUCGAGGCUCUUCGCCUGACAGUAGCACAGCUCGAGCCCCAUGUCCUUUCGCUGGAAGAGAUGCGCAAGUGGGGCUAUAUUGUCGAGAUCCCUCCGGGCCCCGGCGGGGAACGCCCCACCGAGCUUGGCGCGGUUAAGACGUGCGAGAGGUGCGUACAGCCAUACAUGGUAAAGAAGCCAGACGAUGCGGACGAGUGCGUUUUCCAUUGGGGGAGGCUUUUUUCGUCAAAGGCAAGCGGAGAGAAGCGUCGCCUGUACACCUGUUGUUCACGCUCUGCAGACAGUGAGGGGUGCGAGCGCGGAAAACAUGUCUUCUACGACUCCACCCCAGAGGACUUGCACCUCCGACAUCCGUUUACUUUCACUCGGGCCCCGUCUUCCUCAAAUGCCAGUGCCUCCUCCCGCCUUGACACUGCCCUCGACAUCGUGGCGCUGGAUUGUGAGAUGGUCUAUACGACCGGCGGUUUUCGCGUCGCGCGAGUGUCGGUGGUCGACUCAAUGGGCAAGGAAGUCUUCGACGAGCUGGUGCGGAUGGACGACGGUGUCGAAGUCAUAGACUUUAACACGCGAUUUUCUGGUAUCACCGCCGAGUCGUACGAAGCUGCCGUUCUCCCGCUCGCUGCGGUGCGCAAGUCGCUUGAUACACUCAUCAAUGCGCACACGAUCAUCAUCGGGCACGCGCUGGAGAACGAUCUGAAGACGUUGCGGAUGAUCCACCACCGAUGCGUCGACACCGUCAUGCUGUUCCCGCACAAUGCGGGCCCGCCGUAUAGGAGAGCUCUGAGAGUUCUCGUGAAGGAGCAUCUGGGUCAGACUAUCCAGUCUGGCGGAGGAUCGGUCGGACAUAGCUCCGUAGAGGACUCUGUCGCGACUUUGGACCUAGUACGCUGGCAUGUUCUUAAUCGCCCAAGGCCACAGGCAAAACCCCAAGAGGGAUCAGCAGGUAGACAGUAG